AUAUGAUUUUUGAGUUGGCAGCCUUCGAUUAUUUACGUUUAAUGUACUACUAUGAACUGAAUUGAGGUUCAGAAAAACAGAGCUCAAGUUUGCAAAUGUCUGCUGGAAAUUAAAGUUUCUUGACUUCCAGCAACAUUACGGUACAUUUCUUGACUAGUCCUCGUGAUCUGCGAACACCUUGUAUUACAUCGUGGAACAGCCACUCGGGACCAGGAGCCUGCGGUAGUGCCGGUGUCUGUGGAACUGCUCCAGCACGGCUACCGCCUGCCCGACGGCGAGGACAGCCUCGCGUACUGCACGGUCGCCUUCCAGCCGUGGAGCACCGCGCUGUACACCUACCCCAGCCCCUGCGUCCGGCCGGCCGGCCCGCUGUUCCUGGGCCGCGUCGACGCCAAGGACGUGCUCCGGGCCUUCGUCAGGGACCUGGCCGCCAAGAUGCCCACGAUGUGCGGGCGGCCCUUCGCGCUGGGCAACAAGCUGGGGUGCGCCGUGCCGAGGCUGGGCCGGGCGGCCGACGUGCACCGCGUCCAGGACGUGUUCCCCACGUCGCAGAAGCUGGUGCUGUGGGAGGGGGAGAUCCUCACGGCCGAGACCCUGAGUCGCCUGGAGGACCCUGCCCUGUCGGCCCCCGACGCCGCGACCCCUGCGAGCGGCUGCGUGAGCCUGGCGACGCCCGCCGCGGGCCAGCACCUCACCGGCGGGAGGCACCGGCCCCCCGGCUCGCUGGCCCCCAGCCCCCCGCCCUUCGUGCCCGCCGCCCUGCCCCCGAGGGCGCGGGACGACGUCCCCUCCUCCCGGCCGGCCGAGCGCGGCGCCGGCGUCUACAGGCCCGUCUUCCAGCGUCGCCCGCCCACGCCCCACCAGAUGCCAGUUGCCAGUUCACCGCCAGUGAGCAUGGAAGCUAUGUCGAGAAUCGUCAAGGAGUUCCAGUCCAAGAGAGACAGUGAUGUGAUGAUAAAAUCAGAUGUGGGCAGCAGCGGCAAGAAGUCGCGCGCGCGCCCGCAAGUGCAGCCGGAGCUGGACGUGGGGACGCUGGCCCGCGCCGACGACCUGGGCCGCGCCAACACGGCGACGCUGGUCAAGUGGCUGCGCGAGCGCGGCAUCACCUGCAAGGUCAAGGACAAGAAGUCCGACCUCGUGGCCAAGGUGCGCGGCCACCUGGCCCUGCCUUCGUCCGCGCCGUGCGACGCGUGAGCCGUGUGAGCCGUGCCGCGGCGCCCUUCUCCGACAACACGGGCCGACACGCUCAGACCAGCCACGUCGGAGAGAGGGAGCACGCUAACGUGCAAGUGGUAAAGGUUUUGUAUAGCAGUUCAUUAGAUUAGUCUCGCAAUUGAUUUAAGGAAACAUACAUGCUUAUAAUAUGAUUCAAUACUAAUUUUUUUUUCCUAUUAUUCUGCAAUUUAUAAAGUUCAAAAAAAUAAUA